AUAUUAACUUGAUCCAUUGUUUUUGUGUGCAGGACAUAAGCGGUAAGCCACUUCAGACGGCACUGUUGGCCACCUCGUCGUCAGGCGUGGUGAACAAAGACUGUCCUUUGCACAGCAACAGUGAACGGAGCUUGAACAGUCCGGUGAUGAGCGGUCAUAGCCUGUCGGGCAGCGGCAUGUCCGGUGGCGGUGGCGUGGUCGGAAACAACAGUGGCGGUGGCGGCGGAGUCGGAAGCGGCAUGGGCAGUGCCGGCCGAACGCAGUCGCAGCUACAGCAACAGCAGCAGCACGGCCGACCACCCAGCCUGGGGAGCACGGUGGACGUGGUGUCCGGGACAGGCGGCAGCGGUGGACGGCCGUCCAACAUAAUGGUGGAUGACCACGCGCACCUCCGCCGGCACCAGCAGCAACAUCACCGGCAGAACGACGACGAUGACGACGACACCGGUACGUCAACGUCGUCGGACGAGAGCGGCAACGAUUCGUUCACGUGCUCGGAAAUCGAGUACGACAACAACAGCGUGUCGGGAGAGAAGCUGAGCGAUGUAAUAUUCAACAAGAUCGGCAGCAGCGGUGGAAAGAGCGCGUCCGGGUCGUCGGACAGGGACUCUCAGCGCCGUCACCGUUUGCCGCUCCCGUCCCAGCUGCCGCCCUCGUCGUCCUCGUCGUCCGACGCUGCAGUCAUGGCGGCCCAACACCAGCAACAGCAACAGCAYCAGCAACAGGAACAAAUGCAGGCGGCCGCGGGUUACGACACGUUCGACUCUUCGUUCAGAGGUUCACUGAGCACGCUGGUGGCGUCCGACGACGACGGCCCUGCGAUGUACCGUAACGUCCGGACGCCCAACAACAAUCCGUCAGAGUCGUCUAGCAUACCGGUCGGGCUCGGCUGGGAUUACUUGCUCAACUGGGCCCCGUCCAACAACGGUAUGAGGCCAAUCAUGCAGCCGCCGUCGCCGUCGUCGCCGUACGCCGAUCACGAUCACCGGUUGCACCAUCACCAUCACCGUGUCGGCAGUGGCGUCGGUAGCGGUCAGUCGGUCGCUGACUCCGUGGCCGCAAGAACGGGCGAAGGUACAUCGUCGUCCCGACAGUCGCCAAAAUCUCCCGAAGAGUACGUCUGACGGCUGCAAUGACAACAACGACCGCGAUCAUAUGGUCCGGCCGACGCAAACGGUGCUAGUCCAAAAUAUUAUUCCCCGUCCCCCGAGCAGUCACCAUUAUUAUUAAUUAUUAUUAUUUUUAUGUAUUUUAAUUCCUGCCUCUUUCGAAACACUUUUUUUUCUUAAAUAU